GCACAACAACGACUCGAGUUCAAGGCCAGUAAGCUCUUGGCUGUCUCUUUGGUAAAAAACUAAUAACCGAUCCUUCUCUCUCUAAUACUUUGCUCUCCCACGAAGAAAAUCCGAUCCCUUCUUUCUCUAUCUCCCUCCAUAUUCACACUAUAAACAGAGAUACUAGAGAUUUUCAUUUUUCGAACGUGAAUCUGUUGUUUUUUCUUAACAGGGACGGAGAAGUGGGCGGGGUCGUGGCGAUUCAGGCGAUUUAAAGACCAUCUGCGAGGAUAAUUUGGCGGUGGUUUGUUGCUGUUAGUUGUGUAUAUCAGGAUCCGAAUCUGAGUCUUUGGUUCUGCUGGUGGGUUUUGGAGUCUGGUUUCAGAGACUCUUGAGGCUUUCUUUUAUCAAUCUGGACGAUUCUGUUUGACAGUAGCUAGUGCUCGCUGCGUUGGGAAUUUGUAGAGAUGUCUAGUUAUAUGGGUGUUCAUGUCUCUGAUCAAUGGCUGCAAAGUCAGUUUACGCAGGCUGAGCUUCGCAGCCUCAAGUCAAAAUUUAUAGCAAUGAAGAAUCAAAAUGGACAAGUUACUGUUGGAGAUAUGCCGCUUCUGAUGGUCAAAUUAAACGCUUUUAAUUCAAUGUUUAACGAGGAGGAGAUAGCUGGGAUAUUGAAUGAGUCGCAUGCCGACCUAAGUAAUGAGAUCGAUUUUGAAGCCUUCCUCAAGGCAUACUUGGAUUUACAAGGUCUAGCUACAGCAAAAUCUGGGGCUUCUAAGCAGAGUUCAUCUUUCCUUAAGGCCACAACCACUACUCUUCUUCACACAAUUAGUGAAUCUGAGAAAGCAUCUUACGUUGCUCACAUAAACAGCUAUCUCGGGGAUGACCCAUUUCUGAAGCAGUUUCUUCCCAUAGAUCCAGCUACAAAUGAUUUAUUUAAUCUUGCUAAAGACGGAGUGCUGUUAUGUAAACUCAUCAAUGUUGCUGUGCCAGGGACUAUAGAUGAACGAGCCAUCAACACGAAACGGGUUCUUAACCCAUGGGAAAGAAAUGAGAACCAUACCCUCUGCCUCAACUCUGCAAAAGCUAUUGGAUGCACUGUGGUAAACAUUGGCACACAGGACUUGGUGGAAGGAAGGCCUCAUCUGUUACUUGGGUUGAUUUCUCAGAUUAUAAAGAUUCAACUACUGGCAGAUCUUAGUCUUAAGAAGACACCUCAGCUUGUGGAAUUGGUGGAUGCCAACAAUGAUGUUGAGGAGCUUUUGGGAUUAGCCCCUGAAAAGGUCCUAUUGAAAUGGAUGAAUUUCCAUCUCAAGAAAGCAGGCUACGAGAAACCUGUUUCGAAUUUUUCUUCUGAUUUGAAGGAUGGAAAGGCUUAUGCAUACCUGCUUAAUGUUCUUGCACCAGAGCACUGCAGUCCAUCUACAUUGGAUUCCAAAGAUCCUAAGGAAAGGGCUAAGCUUGUUCUUGAUCAUGCAGAGCGGAUGGACUGCAAACGAUAUUUAAAACCAGAAGACAUCGUUGAAGGAUUGCCAAAUCUGAAUCUUGCAUUUGUGGCACAAAUAUUUCAUCAAAGGAAUGGCCUGACCACAGACAGCAAAAAGAUUUCCUUUGCUGAGAUGAUGACCGAUGAUGUGCAAACUUCUAGAGAGGAAAGAUGUUUUCGACUAUGGAUUAACAGUCUUGGAAUUGUUACAUAUGUUAACAAUGUAUUUGAGGAUGUUAGAAAUGGAUGGAUACUUUUGGAAGUGCUUGACAAGGUUUCUCCUGGAUCAGUUAACUGGAAGCAGGCAUCUAAGCCUCCAAUCAAGAUGCCAUUCAGAAAAGUAGAGAAUUGCAAUCAAGUCAUAAGGAUUGGAAGACAAAUGAAAUUUUCCCUCGUUAAUGUAGCUGGAAAUGAUUUUGUACAAGGAAAUAAGAAGCUCAUACUGGCUUUCUUAUGGCAGUUGAUGAGAUAUAAUAUGCUUCAACUUCUGAAGAACUUGAGAUCCCAUUCCCAAGGAAAGGAGAUAACUGAUGCAGAUAUUCUAAAAUGGGCAAACAAUAAAGUUAAACAUACAGGAAGAACUUCCAAAAUCGUGAACUUCAAGGAUCAGAGCCUGUCAAGUGGAAUAUUCUUCCUUGAGCUUCUCAGUGCUGUUGAGCCAAGGGUGGUUAAUUGGAACCUCGUCACCAAGGGUGAAAGCGAUGAGGAGAAGAGAUUGAAUGCUACAUACAUUAUCAGUGUGGCACGGAAACUGGGCUGUUCAAUUUUCCUGUUGCCUGAAGACAUCAUGGAGGUAAACCAGAAGAUGAUUCUGACUCUAGCUGCCAGCAUAAUGUACUGGAGCCUGCAAAAAGCAGUGGAAGAUGGGGAAUCAUCUCCAUCCCCUUCUAAUGGGACUUGUACCGCUACUCCUGAUGCAUCCCCAGCUCCAUCUGUCAACGGCGAAGAUGAAAUUUCUUCCUUGGGUGGUGAAGUUUCAAACUUAAAUAUUGAUGAUGUUGCCUCCGACACUACAGUCUCCUCACAGCUUGAGAAUGAGGAAUUUACUGCAGUAGAGUGAAGCAUGAAGUAUUGUAGCCUGCAAGAUCAGCUUCAGUGAAAUGGAAGUGAAUAUACAUAUCUCUCCUUUACAGCGAAAACAAAAUGUGCAAACAAUAGGAAAAUGAAGAGCAGAAUUUUUGUAAAUUGUGAAUGCUUUGUGAAAGAAAGAGAGGUCAUACUUCUGCA